AUGGUUCCGGUGCCCGUGUGGCUGCUCACGGUCACAGUGCUGUCGCGUUGUUUCGGGAGCCUCAUGGCGCAGAAACCGGGGCAGGUGGACCCGCUGAUGGAACCCCGGGGCGACCCCAAGUGCUGGGACUCCUCUUCCGCGCUGCUGCUGGAGCUGCGCUCCCCGCGCAUCGCGGACUCUGUGGAGGCGUUCUGGGACCUCAUGGUGUCUCUGAAGGCGUCUGACAACAUGCGGCACAGUGCCCUGUACUGGGACCUGGCCGCUCUCUUCUGGCACCUGUACCUGGACUGUGAGAUGUCCCGGAGCCACGGGCUGGGCCGCAGACACGUGACCUCCGUCCACUCUCUCACCACGGACAAGAGGUUCAGCUUCGACAGCAUGGGGCUGCACUCUCUGGCCCGGCUCAGUGUCCGAGUGAGAGGACGAUUCAAGACUCUGGAAUCUCACCCUCAACCGCGCCCCCUUUUCCACUGA